GAGCUGUCUGUGUAUUUAUUAAUACAAAAAUAUAAUAUUUUAAUUUAAUUAACAAUGGAACUUUCGCCAGGCUACUUACAUAAAUUAGCCGAGCUCCUCACACAACCAGAGCAAGAUGUUUUGCAAGGAGAAGAUUUUACUCCAACAAGAUACGAAAUAACAUCAACCAAGGACAAUGCCGGUGCUCGAAAUACAAAGAAAGUUCCUACCAGUAUCGAAGAAUAUGAACAGCAGGAAGCGGAAGAAAUGGACUUACUGAGCAAAAGUGGAGGAGGGGUGGGUGACCGCAAAACUCCGUCUUAUACCAUGAACUAUCAGCAGUCAGUUGGUGCGGAGGAUAUUUUCUUACAGAUCGGUCACAAAACCCCAUCAUCGGCCAGCUGUGAAAACUUAAUAGUGAGAAUCAAAAUGCCGGGAGAUAAGAUGGAGAACAUUGAUUUGUCGGUGGAGACGACCAGAGUUACCGUGGAUUCCUCUCAGUACCACCUUAAAUUUUCACCGCCGCACCCGGUAGACCCUGACAGAUCGAAGGCCAACUGGGACGCCGCUGAAGAAACCCUCAUUUUGACCUUGAAGCUUGAUAGAGAGUUUGAUUUUGUUAAUUUUUAAUAAGUCAGGAGUUCUGGUAAAGUUGGGAGGUCUGGUCUACGAUUUUUUUCUUAAACCACAGGAAAUACCAACCUAUGUCCUAUAGUCCGAUCGCAGGACAGAGAGACAUUCGUUCAUUGAAAGAACUAUUGCGCCGUCUCCUUCACUUGUGCACGAUAACAAUUAAAAGCUGU